AUGAACACACGCCAAGUCAUCGAUGAGUCUGUGGGGCCGUACUCGCUGUCGGCGGCCUUUAACAGCGACAGCAGCUGCUUCUCAGUGGGCUUGGACACCGGGUUCUGCAACUUCAAUGCGGGCAUCGGCGUGGUCGAAAUGCUAGGCCAAUCCAACUAUCUGGCCAUCGUGGGCGGAGGCCGAAAUCCCAAGUUCCCUCAGAACAAGUUGGUCAUUUGGGACGAUGCGAAGCAGAAAGCAGCCCUCACCCUCGAAUUCCGCACCUCCGUCCUCGGCAUCCGCCUUUCUAAAUCCAGAAUUGUCGUCGCGCUUUUGAAUAGCAUUCACGUAUUCGCUUUUUCCAAUCCUCCGCAGAAACUCUCGGUUUUCGAGACCUCCGAUAAUCCUCUUGGUUUGGCUUGUUUGGGACAGAAGCUGCUCGCCUUUCCUGGUAGGUCUCCAGGACAGGUCCAGAUGAUUGAGCUUGAGACGGGGAACAUUAGCAUCAUCCCCGCCCAUAGUACUCCGCUGCGGGCGAUAGCCUUGAGUCCCGACGGGGAGGUCCUGGCAACGGCGAGUGAAGCGGGGACCUUGAUUCGAACCUUCGCUACAGGGAAUUGUACGAAAAUGGCAGAAUUGCGGCGGGGUGUAGAUCAUGCGGUGAUAUUUUCUCUUUCCUUUUCUCCUUCCAACUCCUUGCUUGCAGUGACGUCCGACAAAUCUACUCUCCACAUCUUCGACCUUCCACAUCCGCACCACGUCGGCCGCAGCCAGUCGCCGGCCUCGGGCUCUGAGGAAGCUACCAACCAAAAAUGGGGGAUCUUGGGCAAAAUUCCCUUGCUUCCACGCGUAUUCUCGGACGUGUACUCAUUUGCCAACGCCCACUUUGAGAUGGGCGACGAAAUAGCCCCCGGUUCACCCUAUCUACCACCGCUUAGGUCCUCGUUAGGUCGACCACCCAAAGGCGUCAUUGGCUGGCUGGAUGACCAGACAUUAUUGGUGAUUGGAUCUGGCCGAGAAGGGCGUUGGGAGAAAUUUGUUCUCCGGGACGGCGAUGAUGGGAAGAGGCAUUGCCUGCGAGAGGGAUGGAAAAGAUAUCUUGGUGGCUGA